AUGUCGGUUUCGGCCUCGCCCGUCGGCCGCAGCAGCGGACCUCCACAGCCCUCCUCGUCCUCCAUCACCGCCGCGGCGGCCACCGGGACGCACCAGCUCAAGAUCGACGGCUACUCUCUCACCAAGUCCCUGCCGAGCGGCGCCCACAUCAAGUCCUCCAAUUUCCAGGCGGUGGGCUACAGCUGGUACAUCAACUACUUCCCCAACGGCUGCGGCGGCCUGAUCAAGCGCGCCCGCGGCUACCUCUCCCUGCAGGUCGUCCUCGACGGUGCCGUCGCCGCCACCGCCGGGGCCGUCAUGGCGCAGUCCACCCUUUCCCUGAUCAACAGCGCUGGCCUCCUGGAAGGAACAACCGCACGCAAGACUAGAGUCCGGUUCCGCGCGGUGAAAGCUGCUCCCUUUGUGGAGGUGCCGCCGCCCGACCUGCACCGCCACCUCGGGGAGCUGCUCUUCAGCGGGGAGGCUUCCGACGUCACGCUCCAGGCCGGCGGGGAGACGUUCAGUGCUCACAGGUGCGUGCUCGCUGCGAAGUCGCCGGUCUUCAAGGCAAAGCUCCUCGGCUCCAUGAAGGAGGGUACCAGUACCACCAACUGUGCCAUCCGCAUCGAGGACAUCGAACCACGGGUCUUACAGGCCGUGCUGCACUUCAUGUACACCGACACGUUUCCUGAGGUGAGCAAGGAAGAAGAAUCCGCCAUGUCACAGCACCUGCUUGAAGCCGCGGACAGGUUUAGCCUCCAGAGGCUCAAGCUCAUCUGCGAAGAAAACCUGUGCGGGUGCAUUGACACGAUCUCGGUGGUGACCACGCUCGUGCUGGCCGAGCAGCACGGUUGUCAGGGUCUCAAGGAGAAAUGCUUCGAGUUCCUCAAGUCAACCGGUCUGAAUGCGCUCAUCGCAACUGAUGGCUUCAACCAUCUGUCUACUAGUUGCCCUGCCGUCCUGGAGGAGCUCACUUCCAAGCUUACUCUCCACUGA